AUGCCGGGGUAUGUAACUUAAUGAAGUUUGAACCAUUCAUAUACUAACAUCAGAUAGUGAAACUAUUACAUUACAAGUUGGUCAAUGUGGGAAUCAAGUUGGUCUACAGUAUUGGCAACAAUUGGCUUCAGAACAUGGUAUAAAUAAUGAUGGUUCAUGUAAACCAUGGCCGCAAAUUGAAGAUGAAUUACAAUUUCAAUAUAAUAACCAACGCACAUAUCAACAUUCAAAAACUUAUCGAGAAGAUCAUCCAGAAUUAUUUUUCACAUUAUCUGAAUCAUCAAAUAAAUAUACUCCUAGAUCAAUACUAAUAGAUUUAGAACCAAGUGUUGUUAAUAAAUGUUUAAAUAACUUAUCGAUGAUUAAUCCAAGAAAUGUACAUUUAAGUGAACAAGGUAAUGGUGCUGCUAAUAAUUGGUUAAAUGGUUAUCAAUAUGGUAAUGAAAAUUCUGAAAAUUUGUUAAAUUUAAUUGACAGAGAAUUGGAUAAAUGUGAUAAUUUAUCAAAUUUUCAACUACUACAUAGUGUUGCUGGUGGUACUGGAUCAGGUGUUGGAUCAAGAGUAUUAGAACUAUUGGAUGAUAGGUUUAGUAAGAAGUUGGUUAAUUCAUUUUCAAUUUUUCCAGCAACUGAACCAAGUGACGUUGUUGUUCAACCAUAUAAUAGUGUGCUAACAUUGAAAAAGUUAAUAGAUUUUACCGAUGCCGUUUUCAUGUUUCAAAAUGAUGAGUUGAAUCGAAUAGAGAACAACGAUCAUUUUCAAAAUUCAAAUAAAAUCAUUUCAAAUAUUGCAUCAACAAUGUCUAAUACAUUAAGGUUUCCAAGCUACAACUAUUCAUCAAUUGAAGAGAUAUUUUCAAGUGUUAUACCGACUGCAGAUUUGAAAUUUUUAGCACCUUCAUUUGCUCCAGAAACUUCUUUAUUUAAUAUUAAUCAGGAAAUAUCAUAUAUUAGUAUGAUGAAUUUUAUAGUAGGUAGAGAUAUCAAAGUCAAAGAAGUGAAAAAUCAAAUUUUAAAAAUAGCAAAUAAAGUUAAAUUUGUACCUUGGACCACCAAAUCCAUUGGUAUUGCCUAUGGACGUCAAUCACCAUAUAUAUCGAAAAGUCAAGAUGUUCUACAAGUUAGUAAUAAUUCAUCGACUAUAAAAGUAUUGAAUAAAAUUUUACAUCAAUAUAGAUCAUUAAUAACGAGAAAAGCAUAUUUGACAAGUUAUUAUAAUAGUAUAGGAGAGCAAACUGAAUUAUUUGAUAUGUUUAAAGAAUGUGAAGAAGCAGUGAUAAAAGUCGUUGAAGAAUAUAAACUAGCUCAAGGUUCUGAUUAUUUAGAUUAA